GGCCCAUAAUGCCUAGGAACAUUUUGUGACGUCACGAGGUCUCUCCCCAACUCGUGGAGUCACACAGUACCGGUCUGACUCUGCAGAAGAAUGUCACUUGCACGUACAGCCACGCUACGACUUCUGCUGCAGAACAAGAACCUUGUUCUGCCAGCCGUCUCAGGAGCACGCAAUGCCACCUCGACAACAAAUUUAAAAGAUUUCCUUGCUAAUGAAAUUCCAAAGAAACAGAAGGAAAUUGUGGAAUUUCGGAAGCAGUAUGGUGAAACUAAAGUGGGAGAGGUCAACGUGAACAUGAUGUAUGGUGGUAUGAGAGGCAUCAAGGGUCUUGUUACUGAAACCUCUGUCCUUGACCCUGAUGAGGGCAUCCGUUUCCGUGGUUACAGUAUCCCAGAGUGUCAGAAGGUCCUGCCCACAGCAGGAGGGAAAGGAGAGGAGCCCCUGCCAGAAGGCUUGUUCUGGCUCCUGGUGACAGGACAGCUGCCCACACAGGCUCAGGCUGAUGCCAUCACACAGGAGUGGAACAACCGUGCAGCUCUGCCAAACCACGUGAGCACAAUGUUGAACAACUUCCCCAGCAACCUUCACCCCAUGUCUCAAUUCUCGGCUGCCAUCACUGCCCUUAACUCCGAGAGUAAAUUUGCCAAGGCCUAUGGAGAAGGUGUCAACAAGAAACUCUACUGGGAGUCCACAUACGAGGAUUCCAUGGACAUGAUUGCCAAGCUACCGACAGUUGCAGCCAUCAUCUACAACAACCUGUAUCGCGAUGGCGCCACCCCUGCAGCCAUUGAUAACAACAAGGACUGGACAGCCAACUUUGUGAACAUGAUUGGCUUUGAAGAUCCAGCGUUUGUGGAGCUCAUGCGACUAUACUUCACCAUCCACAGUGACCACGAGGGAGGCAACGUCAGCGCCCACACAACGCAUCUUGUUGGCAGUGCUCUGUCAGAUCCCUACCUCAGUUUCACAGCAGGAAUAAAUGGCCUUGCUGGGCCCCUCCACGGCCUUGCAAAUCAGGAAGUACUUGUGUGGGUGACCAAGCUACAGCAGGAGCUCGGAGGAGAGGUGUCUGAUGACCAGCUCCGCGAUUUCAUCUGGAACACGCUGAAGUCAGGACAGGUGGUGCCGGGUUAUGGCCAUGCUGUGUUGAGGAAGACCGACCCUCGCUACACCUGCCAGAGAGAGUUUGCCCUCAAGCACCUGCCCAAGGACCCCCUCUUCAAACUGGUGUCUCAAAUCUACAAGGUUGUCCCAGACAUUCUCAUAGAACAAGGCAAGGCCAAGAACCCAUGGCCGAACGUUGAUGCACACAGCGGUGUUCUCCUACAGUACUACAAGCUGACACAGAUGAACUACUACACUGUACUGUUUGGAGUAUCACGGGCUCUAGGCUGCAUGGCCUCUCUCAUCUGGGACAGGGCGCUCGGGCUUCCCAUAGAAAGACCAAAGUCCUUCGACACACCAGGCCUCAUGAAACUUGUUGGAUCCAAGUGAUUAAACAUUUGGUUACCAUAGGAAUUUUUUUAAAAAGCCACGUUUUAUAGAGAAACCAGAGUAUCUUUUGUACAUCUUGAUUUCUUCAUUUGUUUGAAUCUGUUUUUGAAAAUAAAGUAAGAGAAAAUGUGUUAGUACGUUGGUAUGGUUUGUUUGAGGUUAAGCAGGAGUAUGACAAUCCUAAGAUGAAGUUCAUGAGACAUUUCGCAAAGCAUAUUUUAGACAUUAGGUAUUCAUGGUAGAUUCCUGUAUAUAUGCUUUACUGUACGGACAUUAUGCUCUGGUAGGAAAUUUGAGAAUCAGAAUUGUUAGCGAAAAAGGGCACAAGCUUCAUAUGUCUGUGGAUAUUUUUGGAAAAACGAAGCCAGUGGUGCAAAGUUUCAGUCAUCAUGAUGAUUCUGGUAGUGAUGCAGAUACAUGUGUAUAUAUUGUUUAACAGUCACCAUGUAAAACAUUUUCGUCACCAUUUCUGAGAUGGGCAGUUUUCUUCAGUCAUUGGGAAAUGUCUGAUUUAGUGAAAGCACUUUCAUGGAAAUUGAGAGCAGUUCAUAAAACCAACAUAACAAUUAUCACAUUUUUGACAAUCUCUUGAAAUAUACUUUAAUAUUUCUCUCAACACCAAUGUUUGCCUUUGUUUAUACAGAGAAAUCUGUAAAAGUAUGUUGUGGGUGUAACCACCAAAUUUUAUCAACAAUGUUGAAUUUCUGCUCAGUGUUGCACAUGGAGUUGUCUCCCUUCAAUUUAAAAGCAAGCAAUUUCUGUUUGUAUUUGUGUGAGAGUGUGAUUGUCAGAUGUGAUUACUCAAUUUCACUUCAGUGGGAUGUAUUUUCAAAUACAGACUAUACUGAGGAACCCAAGCAUCAUAUGUGCUAUGUAUUGAUGACUGAGAGUUUGCACAAUAGAUCCACAAAGGACUUUAUGUAGUGUCGGUGCUCAUCUGUACAGAGAUGCUAUAGUUCAACACUGUCGGCCCUAUAAGUUACUCAGGUUAAGACACCUUUUAGAUAGUAGUGUAUUAGUUGUAUUAAUAGCUUGUGUACAUACUGUGUGCGUUGUGAACAUAGCAAUCAAAUACUAUUCUAUGUAACUGUAUAUGAUGAACAAAUCUGUCUAAGUGUUGUUGCCAUCGUAUUUCUAGCCAUACAUAUCAGCCGGGGAGGUUGUUAACGGCGCUUUAGGCCACUUUUGUGCCAGUAUGUUGUUACCAUAGAGCAGAGUUGAUAAUCUGGGCCCCAUUUCACAGAGCAAUCGUAACGCUACAAUUGUCGUAAGUCAGUGUUAUGGUAUAUGACUUACGACAAUCUUAGCAUUAGGGUCACUUUGUGAAAUGGGAUCCAGGACCCCCUUCCUAAAAGCGAUCGUAGUGCUACGACAGUCGUAACUCCCAUGCUUUAACAUAGACUUAUGACUGUGGUAGAGCUACGAUCGCUUUGAGGAACGGGGCCCUGAUUGGUAAAAAAUCCUAUUACAGUUGUUUCAGAUAAUGGUGAUAGGAGUGUUUCAAACAUGUUAUUUGUGUCUGUCCCGUUGUUUACAAUACACAAGAUAUUCUUACUGUAGCAAAUACGGAUUAAAGGUGUCUUGACUUGAAGGAUCUUGUUUGAGUGGCUGGUUGUUGGUAAUUCAUGUAUUGAGAACAUAUAAUUGUACACGGUGAGAUUCCUCUUGAUGAUCAUUGGGCAAUUACAUGUGUCAUGGAAAGAAUUAAACAACAUUACGUGUU